AUGCUGCGUUUUAUCAAGAGCUCCAAAGCAUUAUUGUCUUCCUCGAUUUCGUGCCGAAAUGGAAUCAGGAGAUUUGACCAGCUUCGUCGAUUCGGUUCUGUUUCUGGCUCUUCUCACGGAUUAACGUGCAAAGACGCCGCCGUCAAUGUCUCGUCCGGGAGAUUACCUAUCGCCGGAAGCAUCACUCAGAGACGGCGUUUCCACGGUGACAGAGAAGGAGAAGAAGGUGAUUCCGUCUUGUCUAAAAUCUACGAAGAGCGACGUCUCUUGGGGUAUUCACAAGAGCAAUUGUUUGAUGUAAUUGCAACUGUUGACUUGUACCACGGUUUUGUUCCUUGGUGUCAACGGUCUGAGAUUGUUAAAGAACAUUCAGAUGGGUCAUUCGAUGCAGAGAUAGAGAUUGGUUGCAUGUUUCUUGUCGAUAAUUACACUUCCCACGUCGAACUAGAAAGACCUAAAUGGAUUAAGACAAUAACAAAAGACUCACGGUUCUUUGACCAUUUGAUCAAUGUCUGGCAAUUUAAACCCGGACCCAUUCCAGGAACUUGUCAUCUUCACUUUCUUGUGGACUACAAAUUUAACUCACCUCUUUAUAAACAGGUGGCUUCUAUGUUCUUGAAGGAGGUGGAAUCAAAACUGGUUGGCACAUUUAGUGAUCGAUGCAAGGUCGUGUAUGGGCCUGGGAUUCAAGUGGAUGAUUCAGUUUUAUGA